UACUUGCAUGUUACACUGUGUAGUGAUCGCGAGAACACGGUGUAAAAGGUCAUUUUAUUGAUGAAAAUGGCCCGUAACAAAAGACAAUGGAAAUUAAUUUUAGUGACCUUAUUUCUCUUAAAAGUGUCUGUGAUAUCUCUUCCGAUUCAGCGAAAUUUCAAUAAUGAAAAUGCGGAUUCUAUAGAUACCAAAUUUGUAUCAACAUUCAAACCGGAACUAGAUGUUGAAAAUAUAAUUGCUAAGAACAAUGUAGUGAAUGAAGAUAAUGAAAUUAAUUUAAACGGGUCAAACUCAUUUAAUGGAACUGCUAGAAAUGCUCCGUCUCCAUCACGAAAUAACGUAAGACCAGGACAAGAAGUCACACAAUACACUAUACAGCUAACAGUAGACGGUGAUAGUUUUACUGGUAGAAGUCUAAUGGAAGUUCGAUUGGAACCAGAUUCAAGGGAAGAUGAAUUGAUUUUCCAUUUCCGAGGUUUGCAGAUAAAUCGAGUUUUGACCGCAAUUUUCACUGAAGCAAAUCUUGCAGAGACUCCAUUUAGGGUCAGGAAUAAUAGAUUGGAAAUCAAUCCUAGACUUGCCGCUUCGUCUUUCAUAGUAGUUGUAGAAUAUACUGGAAAACUGAGUGACAACGGUCUUGGAUUUUAUUCAGGAUCAUACGAUGACAAUACCUAUCUUGCGAUGAACCUUCAUCCCACGAACGCUAGAAGGGUCUUCCCUUGUAUCGACGAACCAAACCAAUCAUCCACAAUUAGAUUCACGUUUAAUAACAUUGAGUAUGACAACUUGGUAGUAAAUUCAAUGCUAGAAGAUAACAGCCAAACGCAGUUCAGGCCCCUACAAGGACCUCCACAUUUAUGGGGAAUGGUGGCUCACAAUUUGAAUAAUGCUUAUUUCCCAACACCGAACGUUGUGUUGAACGGACGUGCACAGGUUUUGAACCAAGAAGCUCAAGCAUCUAUCGCAAUCAAUCAUUAUUUCCACGCACUGAACGAGUGGACAAACAAACCUUACCUUGAAAUUCUACUUAACCAAAAUGGAAGGAUGAACGUUAUAGCAUUGCCUGAUACUGACCGAGAUUGGUAUGCUCUGUCAACCGUGUGCAUUUGGGAACCGUAUGUUUUUAUGGAAAUAAACCAUUCAGUUAAACAAAGGCAACUAGCACUGACUAAGAUAGCAGAAUCGAUGGCGAGGCAAUGGUUCGGCUACGUCAUACAUCCCGAGAACUGGCGCUUCCAGUGGGUCACCAGUGGCUUGGCUACUUAUGCCGGCUAUGAAAUGCUUAAGGAUUUCCAAGAUGGUCCCCUAGACACGGAUAAUGCUUUACUAGAUGUGAACACAUUAUUCGUAACAGAAGUAAUUCAAGAAAGUCUCCUUCGAGAUGCAUAUACUAAUACUCAAGCUCUUGAAUCAGAUGAAGACAUUUUUGAUGAAGAAGAUAUAAGGCAUAAUGUAAAUGGAUUAUUGAAAUACAAAGCGCCUGCUAUAAUGAGAAUGCUAAGACUGGUACUGGGAGGAGCUGAGGAUGAUUUUAUACAGUUAGCUGCUAGAGCACUCCUCAACAGCAGAUCUUUACAGACAGUUAACUCAUUGAACUUCUACGAUGCAAUCAACAGUGAAUGGUUAUUUGGCGGAGCAGAAGUAAUCGAUGAUAUAUCAGAUUUCUUAGAAGCAUGGGUUCAGACCACAGGUUAUCCUACAAUCCACGUUGGUUUAAGACAAGGCGGUGUUCUGAUAACACAGGAGCGUUUUGCGUUCUCUCCUGUUGCGCAAAGGAACUAUGAGAUACCAAUAACAUACACAACUAACGAGAAUCCAAACUUUGAUGAUGAUAAUAUUCAUCCAGUAAGUGUUAUUGAUGGUACAACAACUUUAGAUUUGGACAUUGAUGAAGAUGAAGGCUGGAUUAUAUUUAACAUUCAAGCUCAAGGUUAUUAUCGAGUAAACUACGAUCCUGAUUUAUGGGACAACUUGAUAGACGCUCUCGAAGACCCCGAGCGCAGGGAAGAGAUACAUCCGUUGAACCGAGCUGCGUUGCUCGACGACGCUCUAAAUUUAGCAAGGGCCAGUAAAAUCGAUUAUGAAAUCGCAUUGAGAAUCGCUCUCACUAUGGAACAUGAAACAGAGUACGCAGUAUGGAAGGCGUUUGUAAGGAACAUGAACUUCCUGAGGAAACGACUCACAGCCAUGGUUGAAGAAGAUGACGACUUGGAUCAAGAUAUUUACUUAAGAAUGGUGAGAAGAGCUAUUGUUGCAUUUGAAGAGGAAAUUGGCUUCGAACCGGAACGUGCGACAGAACCGGCCAUGGUGUCCCUUACUAGAGGUCUAGUGAUGGACCACGCCUGCAGGUCUAACUAUGAUCACUGUAUUGGUGUCGCUAUUGACAUGUUUUAUGAUCCUAAUAAUAAUGAAGUUGUAAAUCCAGAUAUCCCUCGAGACCUGAGGCCGGCGGUUUAUUGCACAAUGAUGAGAGAAGGUGACGAAGACGCUAGAAGUGCAUUAUAUGAACGAAUGGAAAUUGAACCAUCGUAUUAUGAGCGUAUCGUCAUCUUAGAAUCACUGGCGUGUUCUCAAGAUGCUGGUUUUAUAAGAACGCUUUUAGAAGAAACAAUUGCAAACAAUAGCCCGUACAGUGCGGAGGAAAGCGUUAGGAUCUUCAAAGCAGUCGCAGAAAGCAGCUAUCAGAACGCAAGGCUCGCCCUCAACUUUAUUAUAUUGAGAACAAAUGAAAUUAGGAAUAGAUACGGUGGUGCAGACAAGUUAGAAGAGGUCAUAUUGACGCUAGCAGACAACAUGGCUAAUGAAGAUUUGUCUAUUGAUUUUAUUAACUGGAUUGGCUCUAGAAACAACAAUUUAGAUGAUUCUGAAGACUUUGCUGAAAGUGUAGCAACACAUGUUGAUGAAAAUGUAAAUUGGGAAAACGCACAACUCGAAUACGUCUACGAAUGGAUAGAUGAAAAUGAUGCAUCCACUCUAUUUGUUUCUGCAAUUUUAAUAACUCUAUCUCUAGUUAUUACUCUUUUUAAUAAUUAAAUCGAUUAUUAUUUAGAGUAAGUGAUUAUUAAUUUUGAACUAUUAUUAACUAGAGUAACGGUGAUUUUUAAUAUUAUUUUUAGUAUAAGGAAAUGUUUAUUUAAAUAAUCGAA